AUGGGGUAUGGUGGCUAUCUUAUCCCGUUACAGACAGCCAUAACACACUUUGCGACAGAAGCUGUGUCAGUUCCUCAUACCGAUGGGUAUCGUGGCUACUCUUAUCCUGUUACAGACAGCCAUAACACACUUUGCGAGAAGUUGUCAGUUCCUCAUACCGAUAUGGGUAUAGUGGCUACUCUUUAUCCCGUUACCGAGAGCCAUAACACGCUGCGACAGAAGCUGUGUCGGUACCUCGCUCCGAUGGGUAUAGUGGCUACUCUUUAUCCCGUUACCGACAGCCAUAAAAACACUUUGCGACAGAAGCUGUGCUGUACCUCAUACCGAUGGGUAUAUAGUGGCUACUCUUAUCCCGUUACCGACAGCCAUAACACACUUUGCGAUGUGAAGCUGUGUCAGUACCUCAUACCGAUGGGUAUAGUGGCUACUCUUUUAUCCCGUUACAGACGGCCAUAA